UUCGUUUCACGUCAGUUGUUUUUCCGUUUACACCGUUUAUAUCGAGUGGAAAAAUAAGUUACAAGGCCUGGAGUUGCUAAAGAUUCUGUGCGUAGUUGAACAAGGAUACUGUCCCGUUAUUAAACAGGGGAACCGGCUUUCCAUUCGAGUCAGCCUGGACGAAUAAUUAGACAUCAUUUUCAUUGGACACGUGCGUGUAACGCCGACUGGCUAUUAAAAAACACUAAUUUUUGCAAAUGAGUCAUCGGCUUGGAGGAUUAAAGAAGAAGAGGCUUCUCCUAGCAAGAGACCAACAUAUACACGUUCUCGUUGGUUUAUUGAGAAGAACUUUGGAAUGCGCUGAACCAGAAAGACAGAAUUCUCCGUUGAUCCCCGUUCCAAAGGAAACAAGAGUCAAUGAACAGAAUCUUGUAAUUGAUAAAUAGAAAAGCAAACUUAGUUGAGAUCGCGCUGAGUUUUACGCUUGACACGAGAAAACGAAGAUACUAAAGAGAAGUCGAAGAAAUUGUUAUCGUCUGUGAAAAAUCUCUUUUCCAAAGAAAGAGGGCACCGAAAUACAUCUACUUUGGGGACUAAGACUAUAAAAGGAACAGCCAAAUAAAGACUAAAAACAGACUAAACAGAAUUAGUAGUGCCAAUAUCGAGAAGAAGAAAAGAUAUACAGAAUGAAUUCAAAUGGUACUAAAGGCAAUGGUAGUGAAGAUGGUGAUCGUCGUUUCAACGCUACAGACAAUGACGAUCAUAGUGACCUGAAUAGUGGUUUCAGUGUUAAGUUUGAUGUUUUGCCCAUCACUCUUGCAGUUCUGAUCAUCGCCUUUAAUGGCCUUGUGUUGCUUCUUGUUGUACGACGAAAACAACUACGAAAUGCUGCUAACUACAUGCUCUGCAGCCUGGCGCUUUCGGAUACCCUAACUGGUCUAGUUUGCGUCCCGCUCGUCAUCGCAUGCAAUAUCCUGCGAGAAGACAUGGUGUGUAUCUUAUCGGAGAACUUCCUACGCUUUACCUCGAUUUCAACUGUGUUGCAUUUGCUGGCCAUCACUGCUGACCGUUACCUCGCAAUAGUACAUUCUCUGCGAUACUACAUCUUAGUGACUCCUCGCCGUGGUUUCGCAUCAAUGGCCAUUAUUUGGUCGGUGUCAGUCAUCGUUGCCUUUGUACAGCUCAUCUGGCACAACCCAUCAACCAGCGAUGUUAAUAAAGAUCCAUCUCAGAAGAUUAAAGAUAUUGAGGUAACCUACGACAUUGUCAACCUUGUCGUAUUCUUUGGGUUUCCUCUUUGUUUUAUGAUCUUCGUCAACUCGAAAAUAUUCUACGAGGUUGUACGUCAGAGUAACAUUAUGAGGCAGAACAAUGCGCCGGGAAUGGAAGACUCGAAAAGAAGACAAAGACGCGAAUGGAAAGCGGCUCUAAUUUUCGUUAUAAUGUUCAUCGUCUACAUCGUUUGCUGGCUUCCAUACUUCUUAUGGAGAUUGCAACAAAACAUCGGUGAUUCGUUUUUUGAGUUAGGGAUGAUCACAGAAUAUGUUUUUAUUUAUUUGAGGUUCCUGAGUUCACUUCUUAAUCCAUGUAUCUAUGUUCUCGGCAAAAAUGACUUCCGAAAAGCUCUAAAGAAAAAUCGACCGAGGUCUAAUUCCAUUAGCAAAGCAUCGGUCACCAAAUACUCUUUUCUCAAAACCACCACUCUGUAAGAAUCGGCGUAAAACAAUCGGUUUUGAGUUUGGGUCUAACUCUGAAAUUUUAUGAGCUAUAUUCUGUCAUCAAAACACAAUAAUCCAAUAAUUGUGAAGAACUUUUUCCGUUGUUUAAUCACGCUUUAGGCACAGGUUACUUAGUUACUGAUGAUAGCAUAUUAUAUAGACAUAGAUGAAGCAAAAUCCGGUUAUAAAAUAGCCAAAUAAUGAAUGGCCAACUUAAAAACGGAAACAUACAACGACAUAUACCAACAGCAUUACAUCCUAAAAGCAUUUGCCGAUCUUUUACUGCAUAUGAGAUUAUUACUUCUAGCUUCUCCUCUAAGCCCGUAUGAUUAAAACGGUUGCAUAAAUAGGUGAAUAUUUCGAAACAGAUGAUAUACCAACGGAGCAAAUCUACAUGGGUGGAUUUAUAUCGUUUUUUAUCACGUGUCAUUACAGAACUAUUUCUUCGUUUAAUGGUUGCAACUCAAAGAAAAAUCUUGUUCUCAAGGAAAUGUCACGUGGUCUGGAAUGUGAAAACAUUAUACGUCUAAGUGGUGUGGUCCAUAACGAUUCACAUAGUACGUCAAAAAAUGACUUUGAAAUGAGUGACAAGUCAGGACACAGCGCUUACAACUACGCAUCGGUGUGUAGUGGUGUGUCAUCUGUCCGAAUCUUCGAGUGCUGUAAUCUCAAAAGAAUAGUAGUCUAGGUAAUCGGCAAAGGCAUUUAUUGUGCAUCUGGGCUAAUAAAUCAAAUAAGUUACUCAGUUACUUAAGUAGAUAACAUCUAGGAAUAAAUUUUCUUUUCUGAAUGGUGUCUUCAUAGAUCUGGCUGAUUCGAUAGCAAACAAAAGGCUCAACCAAAGAACCAAUCACAGCACUUGACAUAUAUUAGGCUUAUCAGAGCUAAAGCCGAAUCAAGUGGCAAGAGUGCCAGCUCACACACCAUAAGUAGCCUUGUGCUUAAUAUAUAACUAAGCCAAUAUAUUUUAUUAGCCCACUAGACGUAUUUUUGGUAUCAUUAUUGAUGUGGCAGUUGACUUUUCUAGUUGCUUCUGAGCUAUUUUGAUUCGAAAGUGAACUGACCCUAUCCAAAUACACUAAAAAAAAUUGGGGAAAACAUUUUACUCAUGAAUUGCGAAGACGUUCUGUGGUUACGAUUUUUCUCCUAUUAUUCUUAUCCUAUUCUUAUCCUAUUCUUAUCCUAUUCUUAUCCUAUUCUUAUCCUAUUCUUAUCCUAUUCUUAUCCUAUUCUUAUCCUAUUAUUACCUUAUUAUUAAGAAGUUAUGAUAGGAAGAUAGAAUUGCUUCCGGUAUCUCUAACAUAUAUAUAUAUAUAAACGUAAAUUCUCCUACUUAAAAAGCAAAAAAUGUUGCCUUAACACUACAGUAAUGUAAGUUAUGUAAAAAGAUUCUCUACCAUAUCGUCUUACUUUAGAAUUAGUCAGUGAACAUAGUAUACGUAUAUCAUUAAUUCGUAGGGAAAUUUCAAAUUCAUUAAUCCCCAGUGGUAGGGGUGGGGGGAAAUGGUCCUAUGCUUUAUCACUCACAGCAAAUGUACUAGACAACAACGGACAAUAAAGUGGGAAAUUAACAUCAUGGUGAAAAGAGACAAGGCCGAUUUCAAAAAUAAUUUGUGCCGUGUGAAGGAAUGAGGCAGUUUAGAAAAACGUAGGGUGGCCCUAAAGCUAGAAACAAGUCUUGCUUUCUUUAUGUACCCAGGGGAAAACAGAAACAGAGUUAUCCCUAGCAUUAGAGUCACCUUACCUUUGUUUAAACGGCCUCCUAACAAUCACCAGACCUGGACUAAUGGUCCUCGAGCAUCGUCAGGAACUCGCUGAUUCUUCUCCUAGCAAAGUAUUUUCGUUGUUAUGAUUAACGAUGCGAUUUGAAUCUCGAAUCUGCGAUGAGUGAAAUGCUGGUACCAAACCCUCCCCUGCCGGACUAAAGAGAUUAUGAAUUUAUUAUCCAAGCUAUUGUCUUGAGUAAAACAGGCUGAUUUUAGCACGUGGAAACAAAGCAAAAAGAAAGAUAUUCACUCUAUACAGUUGCUUUGCUUUUAAGCAAAAAAAAAAAAAAAAAAAUCAGCACUAUUUUAUUAAAUAAGUUUUCAUGUACUCAACUCCAAGAAUCCUUUGUGUAUUUUUAACAAAAUGUUUAUUUGAAAAAGUAAGAAAAUUAUAAAAUGACGCCAUAUUUCGUGCAAACGACCUCGCAGAAGAGUCUCUUACGAGGAGUAAUGGUUAUAAGUUUUUUUUUUUUUUUGCUAUUGAUUUUUGCACUAAGAAGUAGGGCAGUGUUUUCUCUCUCUCAUUGUAGACCUUUCUUCUAAUGCCGGUCAAUAAUGCUCAACAUACAGCAUAUGCAACCUCACAGCCGGUCAAUAACGAUCAAUAUACAGCAUAAAAAGCUAAGAAAUUAGAGAAAGGAAUAAUACACACUAUAGUGAUAGAGUACAAGCACUAUAAGUGUGUAACAUAAAUACUGCUAAAUUAUGCUAAUCCUAUUGUUUUCUAAAUAAAUAAAUAAAUAAAAGCG